CAAACAACCAGUGAAAAAAUGAAUUAUUUUAGCAUCUUCGUCGCGAAUAGAAUAUUUCUCUUUUAAUAACAGUCGAGUCAUCGAAUAGUUCAACGGGUGGAAUAUAUCCGAACGGCGUAUUCGCUUACGCGAAGCGCACAGUGGAAGGGCGGGGAAUCAAUAUGAGUUCUGCAAGUGUGAAUCCCCGGAAAGUUCGUUCCGGGCUGAGUGUUUAUUUUUUACUCAUUUGCACACUGGUUCUGCUGGGCCGUAACUGUUGCAAUGGUGAAUCGACUGAUAUAGAAUUAGAUGCAAAGGCUAAUAAGAUCCAUCAGAUAGACAGCCUGAAUUUGCUGCUGUAUACGUUCCUGCUAACGUUGACCGUCCUUACGAUUUGGCUGUUCAAGCAUCGGCGCGUUUCCUGGCUGCACGAGACAGGAUUAGCCGUGAUCUAUGGUCUCAUCGUAGGUGCCAUAAUCCGAUAUGCAGGCACCACCACUCCGAUCAUCCACGUUUCCGUGGACCCCCAACCGGACACUCAAUUCAACCAGAGCCUUCCACCGGAUACGCUAUGGCUGACGUUCCCCGGUAAGCUGUCGCACGAAGCGAAUUCGCCCACCCGGGCUAACAAAACCUACUCGUACAGCUUCCGGGGGGAGGUUGCAAAGCUGGAAGAGAACGAGAUUGAUCUGAAGGCCACCUUCGAUCCGGAAAUUUUCUUCAACAUCAUCCUACCACCGAUAAUAUUCCACGCCGGGUAUUGCCUGAAGAGGAAAUACUUUUUCCGCAACCUGGGAGCCAUCCUAACCUUUGCCAUAAUUGGAACAACGUUGUCGGCCUUCCUAAUCGGGGCACUGAUGUACGGAUUUGUGCAAAUGAUGCCGAAGCUCAGUGGCAGCUUCACGUUCCUGGACACGCUGUACUUCGGUGCUUUGAUUUCACCGACGGAUCCUUUGACUAUAUUAGCGAUAUUCAGUGAUUUGCACGUCGACGUGAAUUUGUAUGCUUUGGUUUUCGGCGAGAGCGUCUUGAACGAUGCAGUUUCGCUUGUGCUUAGUGGUGCUAUUCAAAAUUACGGGGAGCAUUAUUCAAGUACUGGUGACUUUGAAGGACACGCUUUACUUAUGUCUUUGGGAGAUUUCUUCAGUGUAUUUUUCCUGUCGCUAAUCAUCGGUGCCUCGAUGGGCUGUAUCACGGCACUGAUGACCAAAUUCACCCACAUUCGCGAUUUCCCCUUACUCGAAUCAGCACUGUUUGUAUUGAUGUCGUACAGCACGUUCCUGAUAGCGGAGGCUGCCGAGCUGACCGGUGUCGUUGCCGUUUUGUUCUGCGGGAUCUGUCAGGCCCAUUACACAUACAACAACCUGUCCGAUGAUUCGCGAACACGAACGAAGCAAAUUUUUGAGUUGCUAAACUUCCUCGCAGAGAAUUUUAUUUUCUCCUACAUUGGCGUAUCAAUGUUUACCUUCCCCAAGCACCACUUCGAUCCGCUGUUCAUCUCAAGCGGAUUUAUUUGCGCCGCGAUUGGUCGGGCAGUAAAUAUUUACCCACUCUCGGCGCUUCUGAACAUCGCUAGAAAACCAAAGAUUUCGUGGAACUUCCAGCAUAUGCUUUUCUUUGCAGGUCUCAGGGGAGCAAUGUCAUUCGCUCUAGCGAUCAGGAACACCGUGUCCGAUGCGCGACAAGCCAUGCUUACUACUACUUCUCUCAUUGUAAUCGCCACCGUGAUCAUUCAGGGUGGUGCAUCGAACUUCCUGUUGAACUGGCUGAAGAUACCCGUUGGAGUCGAUGAUGAAACCGAAGUACUACCAUACCAGGGAGUGAGAAGUGUGUACAAUUCCAUGGAGAAUACAGCCGGGUCUAUCGACGUCGGUUUAAAUCUCAGUCAGCUGCAAGUCAAUAGAAGGACUAGUUCACUGGACCUCGAGACUCAAGAUAGCGAAGGAGCAACCACUCCAGGCGGAACUAGAAGAGGAAACGAGAAAGCUGUGUUAGCCCGUGUGUGGGGCAAUUUUGACACAAGAUACAUGAAGCCUUUGCUGACCCAUUCACGGCCUACACUACUGGAAACAUUACCAGUGUGUAUGAGUCCCAUCGCAAGGCUUCUGACAACCACCGAGCAGCUCACCCAGGAGGGCCCAACGAGACGUGCCGACUCAGACUCGGAUCUGUGCAUUGAUGACGAUGAUCGCACAUCACGGGGCGAUGGCAGUCUUCGACGCAACUCAAUCAACCGCAGUGCCGCUCAAGAAGCGAACGAUAGCCUGCAUUUGUGUCAUACAUUAGGCAAUAAUUUUAUGUAAAAUAGCGUCUACACGAAGCGGUUGAGGUUCCUUCCUUGUAAGUUUUGGUUUGCAUGUUUUUAGUUUUGUAGCUUUUUCUUUCGCCCCAUUUCGAUUGGUUUUGUUUGUAAAUUAGUUUCGUUUAUUUCUUUUCGUUUAUUGUAUCAUUUUUGUUCCUUAAUUUCAGCCCAAAGUGAGAAAACAGUAGGGUAUGUCUAAUUAUUUUUUUGAGCCGUUUGAGACAAUAUCAAGAUAGAGAGCGAAUGGAAAUGAUCGAAUCAUGUUCUUUUUUCCUAAAGGCGAACGCGAUUAUAAGUAUUAUUUGGCCAAAUAUGUAGAUAUUUGUAUAGUUUAUGUAAGCACUUGGAUUCAGUUUAAAAACGUUUAAUAAUAAGGAUCGUUACAAUAUCGCAGAUACAGGCAGGAUAUAAUCAUGAAAGAAGCAUGAUCAAAUUACGUUACAUUAUCUCUACUUCCCUUUAGAUCGGUGGUACUCAACCUUUUUUUUCAGAGGGGCACAAACACAAAAUAAAGUAAAGAAGGGUGGUGUAUAAGACACGACCGCAUUGUUAACGUAGGGCUGCGAAAUUAUAAAUAGCGAGAAAAAAAAUAUUAUAAAAAAUCAAGAAUUAAGCUCUUUACUAUAAACAAUUCGUAGCACUGACAAGGACUACCAAAUGAAUGAAUGAUUUCACUGAGUGAGGGGCGUGAAAGUUCCGCGAAGUAAAGAAAAACGCCAAUUUGAGUAGAUUUUAAAAUUAACUCUCAAAAUUAACAUGCACUGUUGAUUGCUCGCUGUCUAGAGCAGUGGUGGCCAGGUAUAGACAUGGCCGCAUCAGAAUUUUCAUUAACUUUUAUUAAAGGUAUAAAAGUAUCCAGAAUUAAUAUUUUUGGCAAAUUAUUCACGUAGAUUCGAAAUCGCUGAGGCUAGUCGUUACUCACUGCAGAUUCUCGAUGGAGUUCUUUGACGAUUGAUAAUUCCAAUCAGAACUCCACAGUCAUGCUCCUCCAACUUGACCCAAAGUAAAUAAUCCGAUGGGUUGGCAAAUGGCCAAUCAUUUGCGGAAAUGAAAUCUGGUAGGUUUGUGGCUAGUCUCGUUUUUUAACUGUUCUAGGAGUUUUCUGAAUCGUUCCAAACAUAUCCGCUUCAAUAUGGGCGUCAAUUAUUGACUCACACAUCGAUGUUCGCACCAGUUAAUUUAUAUAGUUGAUUUCGACUGAUGAACGCUUUUGUUUCCGAAGAAAAUUGCGUUGAACGCGUUCAUGAAUAACAUAGAUAACAUCGUGCAGUCGUACCGACCUCGGACGUCCCUAUUUGGGCCUAUCGCCCACAUCAGCUGUUUCUUUGUACUGUUUUAGUGUACGAAAGAUGAAUCGUUCAUUGAUAGAAAACGGUUUGGGCAGUUCGUAGAUAUGUUUUGACGUUUUCCCGCACUUUAAUAACGUGACAAUUGACACCGUUUCGAUUUCGCUCGAACUUCUUUCCUUGAACCAUUUUAUCUAAAUCAGCUUGAAUGUGAAAGAUAGCGAUGCAAAGCUUGUUUUCCAAAUGACUGUCAGUGAUUUGAUCCUUGACUUUGAUUUCACUUCUUUCAGAACUGAAACAACUGCUAACAAUUUGUGGAUUCAAACAAAGAAGUAAUAAAAUGAGCAUGUUUUAUCAGUUCUGAAAUCGCGCUAGAAAGAAGAGCUAGUAGCUAGUAGUAAUCCAAGACAUCAUGGUUGGCCACCACUGGUCUAGAGCGACACUGAAACACUGAACUUCCUGAAUAAACAAGUUGUUUCUCUGUAUCUCUUAGUGAAAUCUCAUUUCCAAUACUCCUAAAGCAACGCUCCAAAGAACACUCAGAACAAGUGUCUUAGAAUAUCAACAAAUAUCCACGAGUAACGAAUAUGAUUUGUUUCAGUGUUAAUGACUUUCAUUCAGCUUGAAACUCACUGCCCUCAUUAUAUUGAUGACAAUAACAAACGAGUUCAUUUUGUUCAUAUCGGUAAUGCAUGAACAAAUUUGCUAUGAUGAAUGUAUGCGGCCUUGAGUAGGGUUCAUAACUUCGCUGGUAUUUAUACUUUGAAUGUCAAAAGCAACAAAUUGAUAUUCAUCACAUUCGAAACGAAAUUCGUUCUGGCAGUGAAUUUAUUUGGCGAGACGGUACCAACGGCAUAUGCAGAACGGAUGCAAUGAGUGGUUGUAGCUAACGUCAAGUGAUUUGCGACAUCGGGAACAGCUGAUAUUCAUUUGGCUAAAAUGAAAUUCAAUUCCGACGUCUUCAAUAAUCAAGACGAAAAUGACACUGGGUGGAAAAAUAAACUUCAAAACAUAUUGAAGAACAAAAGUUCAUUUGCUCAUGUUCACUGGUUGUCUGGAUCUGUCAUUUUGAUUUUCGUUUGGAAUAUUUAGGUUUUCGAUGCAACCUAGCCCGAAAAUAUAUGCAUUUGAGCAUAGCGAAGAUGAUUUUUGUCAACACUGCUCAGAGCGACCACAGAAUAUCCGAACCGAAUCGGGUUUGUGGUGGGGUUGCAGCGUUGACAGCCUCCGCCGCGAAAUCAAUUUCCAUCUUCAGUUUUCCACCGAAAAACGCAGUUCUCACCGCUGAAAAAUACCUUCUUUACUCCGGCUUGCAGUGUGUUGCAUUUUGACAACGCCAGUUUUAACCCGGAAGCAAUGCACGAAUUCACGGAAAUUAAUUGAUGAACACCGGGUUCAUUUUUCUGCCAUCGGAAGCCACCAAUCCAAAAACCAUAACGCUAGCAGGAAGCUUGAUCAGAUACACGUUUCUAUGCUCGGGCAUGUCUUUUGCCGGGAGAGAACGAGGUUCUGGAAUUCGGUAUUCGGUAUCAGAAUUUGAUACGGGAUCCAGGGUAAACAUGUUCUCGAUAGUGAACUUAGAAAAUCGGCUUCUUUUACUCACAGCCUAUUCUGAUAUGAAUUAUAACUUUCGUGCAUGCAAAGAGAAUCAAAGCAUUGUAUGCACUUGAGAAACGAGAACCUUAUCUAUACGAUGGCACAAACGUUAGGGAUAAUGGGGGCAAAGUCACCGGCUUGUUUGGUAAGGUGAAUGAUUUUGGUUUGUCCAGUCGCAAAUAUGAUCAUGGUUUGUCCACUUUUUUGAAUGCUCGAAUUCAGCACACCUUUGUCAAAUCAGGUAUUCGAAUGUUUCAAAACAUAUAAAUGAAAUUGUCUUUUUCAUGAUUCACAGUAGUUUUAAAGUAUAUUUUAACGGAAUCACAUGUUUAAAAGGAUUAUGAAAUACACCUUCUAUUGGUGUCAAUGCGUCCCUCAUUCGAGCUAACUUUCAAUCGAUCACCAGAUGAUUAUUUCGCACGUAUUCAGACCUUUUCUGGAUUAUAACACUUACAAAUAUUGUAAACAUCAUUUUUGCACAGCAUUUGUAUCAGAUUUACAUAGCUAAACCAUUAAAUUAAUGCUUUUUGAUGAACUCAAUUCUGAUCAUGAGUUGUCCAAUUCAACAAUGUUGUUUUGUCCACAUGAUUUCUGUGGCAACCGCUUGGCGCGCUGAAGUUUGUUUAUGGUGUCCUUUGCGCAUAGCAGAAAUAAUGUUUCUCUGUGUUGAAUGUGUUGAGGUGAACACUUUUAAAAUGCCCAGGAAAAGGCAAUGUUCUGAAGAAAGCCUAAAUUAUGAAUGGAUCAAUAUGAUGACAGUAAACUCAAGCAAUGAUAAAUGCAACAUCUACUUGAGAAUUCGAAUAUUUGGUGAUUUCUAAAACCGGAUUUACUAGUUGCGUAAAAACAUCCCAAAUCGGAAAAACCGAGAUCACUUGCUCUAGUAUAACUAUUGACUAUUGAUACCGUACUGAGAGUCAUCUUAUGUUUGAAGAAUUUCAUCACUUUUGAGUCACCCUGUACUUCAGUGGAGCUGUCGCUUGUCAAAAUAUAAAUAUAAACAAAAAUCGCUUUCUCGGUGGCCAUUCGGUCGUAGUUUUGUGCGUUUCGAAAGGAAUUUCUAUUGAAAUUUAGUUUAUUCGACCUGAUAUUUCCGACAAAUCAACAGUUUGGACGACUGUUCACAUAUUUUAGGAGAAGUGAACACAUAUUUUGUUUUUCAGCGAUUAUUUCCAUAGAAAUUGUUUUGUUUUUUGUUUUAAUAUACGUAACCCGCGAAAAUUCAAAAUUCACGAUAUUUUUUGAACAUACUUCGUACAUGUACCUACAAGUUUCCUCCUCAUUAAAAAAAAAAGAUCGAUUUUUCAAAGUUUUACUGUAACUGUAAAAUGUAUUAUUUUACAACUGUAAAAUUUUUUAUUUCAAUUUUCAUAAUAAAAUUCGCUUGCUAUCUUGAACAGCAAUAAGUUGAGCUACAAUAUUCUUCGAAAAACUGAAAUUGUAAUGGUAUGUGCCACUUUCCCCCAUUUUCCCUACGGUAUUUUGGAAUGCAUCAAAAUUUAAAUAAAAUAACUUUAAAGUCGAAAGUUUUGGUGGUCCGUUGGAGGGUUCUGCAGAAGCAGUUAAAGAUGGGUGAUUCAUGAUUCAUACUUGUUCCUGCGAGAACAAUACACGAGAUUUAUGCCCUUAUUGCCAAUGUACGUAGCGCACUGCCUCGCAAAUAUUCUUCUCGUGCUAGACACAGUGCGGCCCUAAGCGAUUACAUUUUGUUCCUCCCACCAGCGUUAUUUUUUUGAUAACGCUUUGUGCGAGUGAUUCAAUCAUGCGCAACGAAUCUUCACAUAUUGACUUCUGUCAGUUCAAUAAAAGUUCAUUUUGGAUGUCACUUACGUGCAAUAAUUCGCAUUCAAAGCAGUUUUUGUGCCAUGUAAAUAGGUUUUUGGGUCAUUAAGUAACAAACUUCGUUCAGCCGUCAAAAACAUAUUAAUACUCGAAUCCUUGCACCCCAAACGUAAGGAUUUCGUUUCCGAAGUUUUAAACUUGCAACCUUGUACAGAGGCGGAAAUGAUGUGAUGCAAAAAUACAGAAGCACUCUCAAUCAUACGACAUGAAAUUUGUGCCUGCGGUGCCUCCACCGAAUGAAAUUGCAAUACUGUGCGCGAUAUCUAUCUUUCAUUAUUCCUUUGCAUCGAGCGAAACAACUGUGUCAGACCUUAUCAUUGAAAAAUACUGCUGUCUGCCAUUUGACGCGAGACUGUGGCUUGAAUAAUGAUGAUCAUUGUUCAAAUCACAGAGCUUUUCAAAUUUAUCAGUUCAUUCGCGUUGAAAAAGGCCAAUUUGGAAAAUCAAACUAAACUCUCUCUGUCUUCAGGUCGCUGGCUGGAUGACUGAUGAAUCGUGGAAUAGCUAAUAGCUUGUUCAUACACAAUAAAUUGAAAACGAGCAGAGCUUGAAAUGCAAUAUUUUCUCUAUCCAUAUUGUCCGUGAAACAAACGUUGCAGUUGCUAUUUCUUUUUCAUAAAAACGAGUCCUGUUUUCUGAUUUGGCACCACUACUGGAAGACGUAGUCCUACGAAAAAAAAAAUGGUUAUGAUUUGUUAGAUUUCCGUUAUUGUUACACAUUAAUUUGGUAGUAGCCCACGGGCCACAGGUUGAGUAUCAGAUAGUACCGAAUAAGUAUCAUAUGUUCCUUCUCGCUGUUAGUAGUGUAACGUAAUUCGUGGAUGUUUCUAAGCAGUAUUGUGAAAAUCGUUUCAAUGCACAGUAAGCUUGUUGCUCAUGUUCCAAUCUCGUACAUUAAGUGUGAGCUUUUUUGUGUGUUUACAUCAGAUUCGUACUCCUAAUAAUGAGUGAACACUCACACACGUUGAUUUCUCUCGCAAACUUUCAAGCAGAGCUAAUUGACUAAUUUGUGUAGUUUAUGUGGGUGAAAUGCCAUCGGGUUCAUAUUUUAGUUGUAGACAAUUGAUUCAAUUUCCUUGAAAGAUUUGCACAAAUGAGCGGAAGUCAGCUUUACAACUUUCGUCCAAAUUUCGUAGCACCAUUGUGCUUGAUUGACCAUUGGAAGUUACGCAAAUUCACCAAUUUAAGAAAUCGGACGAAGCUUAUUGGAAUACGAAUAUUGCUUCGAAGUAAUUUUCGGACCGUAAUCUUAGCAAUAAUGCUGCGGGUGGAGAAAGUAUAGUGUGCCAAUGUUAUAUAAACGUAUUCAUCGAAUGUUAAUUUGAACUGUUAAUAUUUUAUUUUAGUGGAUGAUUUUAGUUUAUUUCAAAGACUAGUUAUAUUUAUGUAAUGAUACAGCAUCACAGUCGAUUACAGUUCGACUCGGACAUGUGUUGAUAAUGGUGAAAUCGUCUGUGAUGGAACACAAUAUAUAGGCUUAUAGUUUGUUUAAACCGUACUUAAAUGUUAAGUUUUAAUUUGUUCUCUCUUUAGAAGGCUAGGGAUAGCUUUGCUCUGAUCAUAGAUUUUGGUAUGAGUUUCCCGUAAAGAGCUAAACUUCCUCUAAAAGGUUGGAUCCCAAAUGAGCAGCAUACCACGUUUUAAACAAAAAAGAUCUUGCGAAGAUAGAGUUCUUCUAGAAUAGACCAAAAAUUGUUAUCACGAAAAGGAAUCAGUCCAAUGUUUGAAAAAGUGACUUGUUAGGAAAAAAAUGUUUAAACAAAAAUUGAAACACGGAUGCUAUUUUCAUCAAGCAUGAAGGGAUUAUUUUGAACAAUAACAAAACACGACAGACGAGUGAAAAUUUGCUAUAAAUAUAACAUCAUGUAUGAAAUGCAUUCAUCCAUUUA